UUGUUUUAAUACAAAAUGGAGACAGACAGCGAGAGUAGCACUUCAGGGGAUGACAGUGUCUCUUGGUUGGAUUCCGAAGUUUCCACCCAGCUGAUUGAUGGUGAAGAGGGCCACAAGGGAGAGAAUUUCAGGAAGAUGAAGUCCUCAAUGCAUUCUGAAGAGGAUGAUUUUGUUCCAGAACUACAUAGAAAUGUUCACCCCCGAGAGCGGCCUGAUUGGGAAGAAACACUUAGUGCGAUGGCCAGGGGAGCAGAUGUGCCAGAGAUUCCUGGAGACCUUACCCUUAAGACGUGUGGCAGUACAGCAAGCAUGAAGGUCAAACAUAUGAAAAAGUCCACCACCCCAGGACUGAUGGGCUGUGACAACAUUCACAGGUUGCCUUUCACUAAGGGUCACUUUCCGAAGAUGGCUGAAUGUGCACAUUUCCAUUAUGAGAAUGUUGAAUUCGGCAGCAUACAGCUUUCACUUUCCGAAGAGCAGAACGAAGUAAUGAAAAAUGGCUGUGACCCUAAAGAGCUGGUCUACCUCGUGCAGAUUGCCUGUCAGGGCAAAAGUUGGAUUGUUAAAAGAAGUUACGAAGAUUUCCGGGUACUUGAUAAACACCUUCAUCUAUGUAUUUAUGACCGACGGUUCUCCCAGCUCUCAGAGCUGCCCCGUUCUGACGCCCUGAAGGACAGUCCAGAGUCCGUCACUAAGAUGCUCAUGGCUUACCUGUCCCGCCUUUCAGCCAUUGCUGGCAACAAGAUCAACUGUGGGCCUGCGCUUACGUGGAUGGAGAUUGAUAACAGGGGAAAUCACCUUCUAGUGCAUGAAGAAUCAUCCAUCAACACUCCUGCUGUUGGUGCUGCCCAUGUCAUCAAGAGGUACACUGCUCGGGCCCCUGACGAACUGACCUUGGAGGUGGGAGACAUUGUUUCUGUUAUUGACAUGCCCCCGAAGGUGUUAAGUACAUGGUGGAGAGGCAAGCAUGGAUUUCAGGUGGGACUCUUCCCUGGACAUUGUGUUGAGUUAAUUAACCAGAAAGUUCCCCAGUCAGUGACCAACUCAGUACCAAAGCCAGUGUCUAAAAAGCACGGCAAGCUCAUUACUUUCCUACGAACAUUCAUGAAGUCUCGUCCAACAAAACAGAAGCUAAAGCAGCGGGGGAUCUUGAAGGAGAGGGUGUUCGGUUGUGACCUUGGGGAGCACCUUCUGAAUUCUGGCUUUGAAGUGCCCCAGGUUCUUCAGAGCUGCACAGCAUUCAUUGAGAGGUAUGGCAUUGUGGAUGGAAUAUAUCGCCUCUCUGGAGUUGCCUCCAAUAUCCAGAGAUUACGCCAUGAAUUUGACUCUGAGCAUGUCCCCGACUUGACAAAAGAACCGUAUGUGCAAGACAUCCAUUCCGUGGGCUCCCUCUGUAAGCUGUACUUCCGAGAGCUCCCCAACCCUCUGCUCACCUACCAGCUGUAUGAGAAGUUUUCUGAGGCCGUUUCAGCAGCAACAGAUGAAGAGCGGCUAAUAAAAAUUCACGAUGUCAUCCAGCAACUACCCCCGCCGCACUACAGAACACUGGAGUUCCUGAUGAGACAUUUGUCUCUUCUAGCGGACUAUUGCUCCAUCACAAAUAUGCAUGCAAAAAACUUAGCAAUCGUCUGGGCUCCAAAUCUGCUCAGAUCGAAACAGAUAGAGUCUGCCUGCUUCAGUGGAACGGCAGCCUUCAUGGAAGUGAGAAUCCAGUCUGUGGUUGUGGAGUUCAUCCUCAAUCAUGUAGAUGUGCUCUUCAGUGGCAAAAUCAGCGCCGUCAUGCAGGAAGGGGCAGCAUCUUUAUCUAGGCCCAAGUCUCUGCUGGUAGCCUCUCCAUCCACCAAGCUUCUGACUUUGGAGGAAGCCCAGGCAAGAACACAAGCUCAGGUCAAUUCUCCAAUAGUGACUGAAAAUAAAUACAUUGAAGUAGGAGAAGGACCUGCUGCGCUUCAAGGAAAAUUUCAUACCAUAAUUGAGUUCCCACUUGAAAGAAAGAGACCUCAAAAUAAGAUGAAAAAGUCCCCCGUGGGCAGCUGGCGUUCCUUUUUCAACUUGGGGAAGUCGUCAUCUGUCUCUAAGCGGAAGUUGCAGCGCAACGAGAGUGAGCCUUCUGAGAUGAAGGCCAUGGCUCUGAAAGGUGGCAGGGCAGAAGGAACCCUCCGCUCAGCUAAAAGUGAGGAGUCUCUUACUUCUCUCCAUGCAGUUGAUGGUGAUUCCAAGCUCUUCCGGCCCAGAAGACCCCGAUCUAGCAGUGAUGCCCUGUCUGCCUCUUUUAAUGGAGAAAUGCUGGGGAACCGCUGUAAUUCCUAUGAUAAUUUGCCCCAUGACAAUGAGAGCGAGGAGGAAGUAGGGCUUCUGCACAUCCCAGCUCUCAUGUCUCCUCCUUCCGCCGAGGACGUUGACUUGAGCCCACCAGACAUUGGAGUGGCCAGCCUGGAUUUCGAUCCAAUGUCCUUUCAAUGUAGUCCUCCGAAGGCCGAGUCAGAAUGUCUGGAGGGUGGUGCUUCAUUUUUAGAUUCAUUAGGAUACCCAAAGGAUAAACUGUGUGCCAAUCAGAAGGACUCAGAAGCAGGUGGUAGCCAGUCUCAGACUCCAGGAAGCACUGCAAGCUCUGAACCGGUUUCUCCAGUUCAGGAGAAACUGAGUCCAUUCUUUACCCUGGACUUGAGUCCACCUGAAGAGAAGUCAUCUAAGCCAUCCUCAUUUACUGAAAAGGUCGUCUAUGCUCUCUCUCCAAAGAUUGGACGGAAGUUAACUAAAUCACCUUCCAUGAACAUAUCUGAGCCAAUUUCAGUGACGCUUCCACCUCGGGUAUCAGAAGUCAUUGGUAUCAUCUCAAAUACUGCACUCCAGAAUGCAUCAUCUCCAACCUGGGACAAAAGCACGGAAGACAAUGAUGUCACAAAUAGAUCCCCCAACCAGAUAGUAAAGAUGAAAGCAAGUGAGAGAGAGGCUCAAGAAGGACAUGAACCUGAAGUGCAGCCCCUGGACCAGGUGGCUGCUGAAGAAGUAGAGUUGCCAGGGCAAGAGGAGCAGUGUGUCCCGAGCAGUCAGAGUAAGGCUGUAGCUUCUGGACAGACGCAGACAGGAGCAGUUACCCAUGACCCCUCUCAGGAUCCCGUUCCUGUCAGUUCAGUCUCUCUUAUCCCACCACCUCCGCCUCCGAAAAAUGUCGCCCGAAUGUUGGCACUAGCAUUAGCUGAGUCUGCACAGCAAGCCUCAGCCCAGACCUUGAAGAGACCAGGGGCUUCCCAGGCUGGGUAUACACAUUAUGGCGACACAGUGGCUACCGCUGAAGACAAACUGCCCAGUCCCUACUCUAGUGUUGCUCUAGAUAAGGCCUAUUUCCAGACGGAUCGAGCUGCAGAGCAGUUCCACCUCCAGAACAACACACCUGGGAACAGUGACCAGCCUCUCCUAGAGACAGCAGCUAUUGGGGAACCUCCCCCUUCCCACACAACAGACUCUGGGGAGCAGCUUCACCAACUAGACUUAUUAGGCAAUCAGUCACAUCGAAACUGUUUAUCUGGGGACCCAGAAAAGGUCAGAAUAGCUUCAGCUCCCUUGCCUGACUCAGAGAAGUCCGAUGAUCUUGGAAGUUUCCCUGAAGACCAGGCUGGGAAGCCCAGUAUGCUGAGUGUUUCCUUUGCGGAGCAGGACCAGUCUGCGCUCCACUUCUGCAGUGAGGAUCCACUUCCCUCCUACCUUGGUAUAAGUGUAGAUAAGUCCCAUCACCCUUCAGAACUUGCAGGCGAAUCUCCUUUGCCUUCGAAUUUACCCAGGGACAAAAUCUACCUGCCUUCUGGGUCCCCCGAAGAGAAUACCAGCACAGCUACCCUGGCUUACAUGACAGUGACUCCAACAGCAGCCGAAAUGAGCCCCAAGGACACAAGCUGGGCAGUGGCUGAACAGCCCGCUGCUGCUGACUUUGCCACUGCCACCGUCCAGCGCUCCCACAGAACUCCUCGUCCCCUGCCCGCACCUCCUACCCAGAGGCCAGCAGAGCAGCCACCAGUCAUGGGGCAAGUACAGGCAGCAACCAGUAUAGGAGUAAAUAACUCCCACAAGGUUCAAGGAGCUGCUCCGGCUCCAGAGAGGCCACCUGAGCCUCAAGCCCUAGAUGACCCCGUGCCUAUCCUUGUCAGCGACGGCAGUGCAGCUGUCCAGUGUCCCAUGGCUGCUGCCACUGCUCUCCAGCCAGGCCUACCUGAGAAGGUUCGAGAAGGCACCAGGGCCCCUCUGCUCCACCUGCGGGCUGAGUCCUUCCCUGGGCACUCUUGUGGCUUCGCGGCACCGAUACCCCCUGCUAGGACAGUGGAGAGUAAGAUGGCUGCUGCCAUGCACUCCAGCAGCACAGAUGCCACCAGCAGCUCCAAUUACCACUCCUUUGUCACUGCUUCUUCAGCCUUGGUGGACAAUGUGUUGCCUCUACCACUUCCUAUCCCUCAACCCAAGCAUGCCUCUCAGAAAAUAGCUUAUUCCUCUUUUGCCAGGCCUGAGGUUGCCACGGAGCCCUUUGGCCCAGAAAACUGUUUGCAUUUCAGUAUGACUCCAAACUGCCAGUUCCGUCCCCAGAGUGUACCUCCUCAUCAUAAUAAAUUGGAGCAACAGCAAGUGUAUGGUGCCCGAUCAGAGCCGCCAGCCUCCAUGGGUCCUCGCUAUAACACUUAUGUGGCUCCUGGAAGAAAUGCGUCCGGACACCACUCAAAGCCAUGCGGCCGAGUUGAGUAUGUUUCUUCUCUGAGCUCCUCUGUCAGGAGUGCUUGUUACCCCGAGGAUAUUCCACCAUACCCUACCAUCCGGAGGGUGCAGUCCCUUCAUGCGCCCCCAACGUCCAUGAUCCGCUCUGUCCCCAUUUCUCGGACAGAAGUUCCCCCUGAUGAUGAAGCAGCCUACUGCCCAAGACCCCUAUACCAGUAUAAGCCAUAUCAGUCCUCCCAGGCCCGCUCAGAUUACCAUGUAACUCAGCUUCAGCCUUACUUUGAGAAUGGACGGGUCCAUUACCGCUACAGCCCCUAUUCCAGUUCCUCCAGCUCCUAUUACAGUCCUGAUGGGGCUCUGUGUGAUAUGGAUGCUUAUAGCACAGUGCAGUUGAGGCCCCUUCACCGCCUGCCCAGUCGUGAUUUUGCCCUCUACAAUCCAAGGCUACAAGGCAAGCACUUGUACAGUUACCCUGGUUUGCCUCCACGUCCCCGUGCUGGCGGCACUGGCUUUUUUUCUGGUAAUGACCAUAAUAUAGUCAGCACGCCUUCAUCUGCUGAUCUAAAGCACACCUACGCCUCGUGGGACCUAGAGGACAUGGAGAAGUACCGCAUGCAGUCCAUCCGAAGAGAGAGCCGGGCACGGCAGAAGGCAAAGGGCCCUGUCAUGUCUCAGUAUGACAACAUGACCCCAGCCGUGCAGGAUGACUUGGGGGGGAUCUAUGUCAUCCAUCUGCGCAGCAAAUCUGAUCCUGGGAAAACUGGACUUCUCUCAGUGGCAGAAGGAAAAGAGGGCCGACACCCAGCCAAGGCUGUCAGUCCCGAGGGAGAUGACCGCUUCUGUAGGAAGCACCCAGAGCAGGAAUUCGAUAGAGUCCUUCACCAUGGGGGCUAUGGCAACACACAGGGGGAGAAGCCAUCCCUGCCUCAGAAGCAGAGCAGCCUUAGGAACAGGAAGCUCCAUGACAUGGGGUGUAGUCUCCCAGAGCACAGGGUGCAUCAGGAAGCAAGCCAUAGGCAAUUGUGUGAAUCAAAAAACGGGCCACCUUAUGCCCAAGCCACUGGCCAGUUAGAUUAUGGGCCCAAAGGGAUUCCAGACACUUGUGAGCCAGGCAGUUACCAUAACUCUGGAGGAAAAUAUGCCCCCUCAGGGCAGGAGUCUUUAAGACUAAACCACAGAGAGGUCAGGCUGGCCAAAGAGCUGGAGCGCCCUCGAGCCAGACAGCCACCUGCCCCUGACAAACACUCCAGAAACUGCUACAAGGAGGAGGAGCACCUCACCCAGUCAGCGGUCCCACCCCCUAAGCCAGAGAGGAGCCAUAGCCUAAAGCUGCACCACACCCAGAAUCUGGAGAGGGACCCCAGCGUGCUGUACCAGUACCAAACGCACGGCAAGCGCCAGAGCAGUGUGACUGUUGUGUCCCAGUAUGAUAACCUGGAGGACUACCACUCCCUGCCCCAGCACCAGCGAGGCGGCUUCGGAGGGGCAGGCGUGGGGACCUACGUGCCCUCUGGCUUUGCCCACCCACAGAGCAGGACCUACGCCACAGCACUGGGUCAGGGGGCCUUCCUGCCCGCAGAGCUGUCCUUACAGCACCCUGACACACAGAUCCAUGCAGAAUGAGCCCCGGGAGCAAUAGAGUUGAAGCAGCCUCUGCUGGACAGUGGACUGUUCUAUUUUUUUCAGUAACCAAAAAGAUUAAAAAAAAAAAAAAAAGGUACAAAAUUUCUGACCACAUUUAAAAACAAAUGUAUUAAAAGUAAAGUCACCAUCUUUCCUCCCUCCCCUGCUUCAUCACCAUCCUUCCAUCUACAGACUGUCAUUUUUGUCUUUAGAAGAGGUCUGAAUGAUUGUAAAGCACUGUAUUGAAAAUCUAGUAAAGAAAUCCAUCACAGAUCGCACUUGCCAUAGAGGGCUAAUCUGUAAGAGCUUCAGGACUGCCUUUAACUGAAUUUGAAUUUUACUUCAUCUCUGCUUAGCCAUGCUACCUAAUUCAGAGCAGUUGAGGUCACCUUCCUGGUGGUCUCCUCCCCUACACUCCACAUUUGUGUCCCAUUGGCUGCAGAGCUUGCCCUGUUGGAGCUCCCACUCUUUCUCACCUCAUUGUCUCUGGCCAAGAAAGGGCUUGCAGAUAAGUUAGGGCAGAGAAAAACUCCCUGAUCCUUCUGAUAAGUCACUCAGAUAAUUAGCCACGUUAUAAUUAAAAAGUAAAGGAACUAAGACUUUUAAGCAUUUCAUAAAUAAAUAGAGUUAUAAAAUAAUCAGAUCAUUUAGACUCAGACUGAACCGCACACUUUCUAUCAUUAUUUCUACAGUUGGUCCACACAGGUGAACAAGCUCAUAUCACUACAGAGUAUUUUUUUAAAGUUAGAAUUUAAGGAAACUUACUAGGUAAGAAAAAGUGAAAGUCUGUUAUCAGCAAACUUAGUUAACUUCGGAAAACUGUAUAAAGGCUGUUAAUGUGCUGCCGGUCUGCAGAUUUUUUCCCCUGAAUAAUAUUUGAUAAAUUAUACUUCACUAUUUUCCUAAAUUAACAACUUUUACUUAUUAAGGCCAGCCUGAGAAGACUGGAUAAUCACACAAUUUCCCAUGUACAUUUACAUGCAAACUUGUGUUUCUAAGCCAGAAUAUACGUUCCUUCAAAUCCUUAAGGUAGUUGUGAUCCCUUUGCUGAGAAACUGCAAGUCCCUGCGAUAGAUAAUAACUGUACACACAGUCCUGUCUCGCUGAUAGGGGCUCUGGGCAGCUCCUAUCUAAUCCUAAGGAGUCAUGCAGUGUUUGCUUCCUCUGGGCCUUUGUUACCACAAUCUUCUGUAGUUGUCAUGGACACCAGCAUUUCGGAAUGGCUCUUUAUAACUCUAGACAUGUUAAACAUGUGUAGUACCCAGGACUUUCUUUUGAAAGUUACAUUCCUAAAAGAGCAGGAACAGGACACCUCUAACCCAGCUGCAUUCUGUUUCGAAGCUCCUCCCACCACAGAAACACCAGACUACAAAGGCAGUCCUGUGUUUACAAAGUAAGAUUGUCGUUUCAUUCCAUAACACGUAAUAAUACUUGAGUUUUAUACAUUUACAUAUUUUAAAUGCUCAGUUGUAGAAGCAAGUUCAUUCCAUUUACUGGAUGGUUGCUGCUCUGGCUUUUUAGAACUUGGUAUUUUAUUUAGAAAAGAAAGAAAUCUUUUAAGAGGCUAAAAUGCUGCUAUUACUGCUGUGAAUUUGUAUAAAAGAUUAAAAUCCAUACCGUCAUUUUUUUUCAUUAAAAAUAGUGAUUGCUUUUUAAGGAUUUAUACUUAGAAAAAGUUUUAAGAACAAAUUUAUAUAUGGAAAUACUCUAUAAGGUUUUCUUUUGUUCCCGAGAAUUGGUCAGAGGAAUGCAACAAAGACCAGAGUAGAAAUCUUAAAACACCGAUUCUGUGGAAGUUUAGGUCUCAACAUUAAAAGUGCAAGCAUCCAACUGAUGCAGUCAAAAUGUUAGGAACUCGAUAGGAUAUUUCCCCUGGCACCACACACACUGGAUGCUAUGGACAGGAGUUGAGCUCUGGUGAGCAUGCAGCACUUUUAAAAAAAACAGUAAUCAUCUUUUUUAUCAAGUAGGUAGCCCAUUGCCCCCUGGGGACCAUCCCAGCCCUGGAAUUCGCACCAGCAGCAGUGGAGGUUAGGUGGAGGGGCUGGCGUGAUGUGGCUUCAGUAACCAAGGGCCUAGGACAAAGCAGCAGAUGUCCUUGCCAGUUUUAAUAUUUGUGGAUUUGAUGUCACACACAUUGUUUACUCCUGAAAGUAAAGUCUGUUUUAUAAAUGCUAACCUUCAUUCCUUAGAACAGUUUCUUUAUUAAUGUCCCAUGGGCUUGGAAAUAAUCAGGUAACUGUACUGAGUAUAAAAAUGAUUCAAAUUACUGGUGUAAGUGUGAAACAUAGACUUUAGCUAACGUCUAGAGUUAACAUAUGUAGCAACAGCCUUAACUUUGGAUUCAGCUGUUUAAGAGACCUUGUCCACAUCUCCCCAUUCUGGCAUCCUGGAGGUAGGAGUUGGAUGGCAGAUCACUGUGAGCCAGGUUACCUCAGUGUUGCCCACCCAGCGUGUGGCUUCCCAAAUGCAGAACUGAAUGUCGUAACUUUGAGAUGUUGGCAUGGAGUAUUGUGAUCAAGGAAAUGGAGCUGCCUUAUGCAUUAACCCGUGGUUCAAUUCUACUGAUACUUUCAUAGCCUUAUCUCCAGGUUCCAUCUUUUUAGCAAAAUCCUAAUUCCAUAGUUCAUUUGAUGGAAAUAAAUAUUCCCUGGAUUUCUGACUAAGAGCUUUGCUAAAAGCCCCAGGGGUGCCAUUUUCUUAUUAAUAAAUUUAAUCUGAGCCUUAUUUCUUAGUGCAUUCAAUUUACUUUUAAAUAGACAUUCACAUGUUUUAAAUGCUCAGUUUGAACAGAGUCCCUGGGGUGGUCCCAAGGGUCAGACCUGCACAUUUCUUACAAUGGAAAAGCGGUUUUUUGUUUUUGUUUUUGUUUUUUUAAUUUAGGGUCAGGUUGAAAAAUUCUAGGACUCAUUCUGUAAAGAGGAGGGACUGUGAAUGUGAGUGGGGACAGAAGAGUGGGUUGUCAUACUUGAAGCAGAAAUAAUUGCAGAUGAUGUAAAUUUGGGACUUGCCCCUUUGGUUCAAGAAGGACCCUACAAAGUCCAUUUCUCUGUUUCAGCCCUAUUGAUCACCCACUCAGAAUGUUGGCAGAGUAUGUAUCACCUGAGCAGAGGGUACAAGGAAACAAUGAAAGCUGAAGUGUGUCAGAAAGUUACUUUCGAACGUUAGAGGCAUGUGAUCGUCAGUACUGUGUGUUACAGAAAUGUCAGGAAUGAUGUAUUUUAAUGUGUGCAAGAUAUGUCGGUGUGCGCAGAGGGACUUUUUUCCUUAUCUGAUUAGUACUGUUAAUGUUCAAAGAAUAAAAAUGGUUGUUUUACAGUUUAGAUUCUGAGAUAGCAAAAUCUGAUUUUUCAACCAUGACCUGCAUGAGAGAAGCAUCCUAGAAAGUCCUAGAUCAUACUUUUGAGUUCUCUUAAUUUAUAUAGUGUUUUUUAAUGUUUUAAUAUUUUUGUGAACUGGUGUAAAUUGUUAAUGCAUAUAAGCUUGUGUAUUUUUGUAAAUAGUUUUGUGAUUUAUUUCUUGCCCCAUAUUGUAAAUAUUUAGAGUCUCAUUUCUUCCAAACUUAUUUGAAGCUGAGUUGUGGGUUUGGGGUUUUGUUUCCUUGUUUGUUUGAUUGGGAGGUGGGUGGGGAGAAGGGAUUUUGUACUUGGAGAUGGAGGUAUCUUGUGGUUUAAUGCAAAUGUUCCACUAAACGCAACUCAAAUAUCAACAGAAUUAUUUCAGGUUAAAACGUA